AUGGUUUCACAGCUGGCUACGGGCGGCGUGAAGAAGCCGCACCGCUGCCGGCCCGGCCCGGUGGCCCUGCGCGAGAUCCGGCGCUACCAGAAGUCCACCGAGCUGCUGGUCCGCAAGCUGCCGUUCCAGCGGCUGGUGCGCGAGAUCGCGCAGGACUUCAAGACCGACCUGCGCUUCCAGAGCUCGGCCGUCAUGGCGCUGCAGGAGGCGUGCGAGGCCUACCUGGUGGGGCUCUUCGAGGACACCAACCUUUGCGCCAUCCACGCCAAGGGCGUCACCAUCAUGCCCAAGGACAGCCGGGUACCCUACAGGUUAAUGGAGGGCCUCAUUACAGGAUAGCUCCACACCCGUGUUUCCUAACAGUAGACAUGCUCUGAGGCACUGCCCCCCAUCACCCUCACUGUUGCCAAAUGAAUAAAAUAGUGGGAUUACAUUGGUAUGUAGGACACCAUUCUGGAGCCCGAGAAAACUUUCUCACAUCUGGGAUGAACCUAAAGUCUUCAGGGCUGUUACCUCAGGGUAAUUUUUGUCAAACCUUAACAUGUAAGGGAAGUUUCCCGUAACUGGUGCAAUUGAAAUGUGUAAUGUUGCUAAUCCCGCAGGCUGUUCUGCCUUCCAGACUCACGGAACGAGCAGAGUCAGGAAAAUACUAUAGAGGAGUCUGAUAUGGUUUGACCAAGGGCUGUUUAGGAAUGAAGUACACUGUGUGGCCGGUUUCUGACAACCCCUGGCCUCUGAGGGGGCAGGGUUAGGGAUGGAGGAAGGUCUGUUGACGAGCACCACACUUAACUUUUGUUGCUGUUAGAGAAUAAGGAAAACCCCUGCCAACUGGUUUUAUUGCCCAGGGUACAGAAUCUUGCCUCCUACUCUCUGUUCACUGUACUCCUUUAACUGAUGUCACCUCAAAAGGCGGGGGGCAGGGGGGGGGAGCCUUCUUUUUUUUUUUUUCUUGAAUGUCUUGGAUAAAUAACCUUGGCUGCCCAGUGACAUUUAUGGAAAUCCUUC